AUGGCACCACCAUCCCCGACAUCACUUUACAACCAGCGUAAAGCCAAAAUCCAUUCAGCGAACGAUACUACAUCCUCCAACUCACUCGCCUUUUCUUCAACGAUCUCGUCUCUACUCACAUCCUCAACCCCAGCAACCCGCGGACGGCCACGCCCCUCCAAAGCCCCCAAAGACGACAUCUUCUCCUCACACAAUCGCAAUACCAAAAAACGAGCCGCCAAGGAUCUGGAACAUGAUUCCGAUUCGGAAGGUCGUCGGGCGCGAGGUGGGCCAAAAAAAGAUCUCGGAAGUGUAGACGAUGCGAUAUUAGAUAGAAGUAGGAGGAAAUUGGAGAAGAAAGCGAAAUUAUACAAGGAGAUGAAACGGCGAGAUUACAUACCCAAGGAAGGAGAAGAAGAAUUAGUAGAUUUCGAUCGAAAAUGGGUGGAUCGAGACGCCAAAGGGGAAGUGUCGUCUUCUGAUUCCGAGGUUGAUGAUGGUGGGGAAAUGGUGGAUUAUGAAGAUGAAUAUGGACGUUUGAGACGGGGUACUAAAGCUGAUGCCGAACGUAUGGAACGUCGAAAAUUAAACAAAGUUCUGGGACAAGAAGAGCUUGACAGAAUUUCAGCAAGACCAGCGCAACCCGAAAAGGUCAUCUACGGAGAUACGGUCCAAACGCUUGCUUUUAACCCGGAUGAGGAGAUUCAUGAGAAAAUGGAGGCGCUGGCUGGGAAGAGAGAUAGGAGUAUGACUCCUCCAGAACAGAGACACUAUGAGGCGGAUAAGGAGUUUAGGAUCAGAGGUGUUGGGUUCUAUAAUUUUAGUAAGGAUGAAGAGGGUAGGAAGAGGGAGAUGGAGGCGCUUGAGGCGGAGAGGAAGGAGACUGAGAGACUGAGGAAAGAAAGAGACGAGAAGAAAGACAAGCGCAAGAAGGAGCUUGAGGAGAGGAGAAAAGCUAUCUCGGAGAAGAGAGCAAAGAAGCAGGCUGAGAGUUUCCUGGAUAAUUUGGGUGCUGACCUGGGAUGA